ACUUGGAGAGGAUGUUCAUCAGUUGUUCGUUUUGGUUCGACCCCUCCGAACCUCUUCGAACUACACUAAUGCUGAUAUAAUAAUUGUUAAUUAUACAUUAUUAUAACUACACUAAUUUCUGAUAUAAUAAUUGCUAAUUUGAAAUUGCAAAAGGUGGGUGGGGCGGCAUUGCUAGUUCUGGUUCUUCAAACAACAGAGAAGUACAUUACUUCUAUAUAGAUAUCACUGUAUUCCAAAACUCUCACACACAACUCCACAAGGAAGGGUUAGGGAGUUGAGCUAAAACUGGGGCGGGGCCUAAUAUGCGUGAACUGUCGAGUCAGAAUUAGAAACAAAUGAUGAAUGACACAUCUGAUUUCACCCCUCUGUCCCAAAAGAGGUGGAUCGCAUUUAUGGCCAAGGCAAUAUCCGCCCCUAACCUCUCAAGAUCAGAAGAACCACCUACCCCCCAUCUCUCGUGUAUGUCCACCCCUAACGUCCCAGGAUUGGAACCACCUACCCGCCAUUCCUUGUGUACGUCCACCCCUAACCUUCAACCUACUCCCUCGUGUACCCCAAUAGCACACAGGACACGUUCCAAGAAACCCAGGACAGAUGAUUUCAAAUCUUUGUUUAAAACCUCUUCUUUAACCCUUUAA